AUGGAGCCCCACCGGACCCUGGCCCUGCUGGCUGGCUCCCUGGGCCUGGUGGUCACCCUCACUGCUAUGAGCACAGACUGGUGGGUCGAGGUCAAGGGCCCCCACUUUUCAAUUCAUGCGGGCCUCUGGCUGAAAGGCCCAAGGUCCCCUCUCCAAGCAGAAUACAUCCACGUGACUCAGGCCUUCACCGUCCUGGCCUCGCUGGGGGCCCUGCUGUCCUUGAUCAUCCUGGGCCUGACUUUCAUGCCCCUGCUGUCCAGCCCGAGCCGUGGUCUCCUGGUCUCCACCAUCAUAGUCCUUGCAGCAGCUCUCUUCAUGACGGUGGCCAUGGUGGUGUACACCAGCGAGCACUCGAACCAGGAUGGCUUGUCCCAGCUCCAGGACUCCUUCGGCUGGUCCUUCUACCUGGGCUGGGUCUCGUGUGUCCUCUUGCUGUGUACAGGUUCUCUGAGUCUGAGUGCCUACUGUGCCCGCCCGUCUGGCUAUGACACUCUGUGA